UGUAUGCUUUCUAUAUCGAGGAAUGAGAACUGUAAAUUCGAAGUGGAGAUUGAAGUGUAUGGUGAUUUCCAGAAUUGAAAACACUUCGUUUUCGUAUUGAUAGUCCAAAACUCCAAAUGAGUUCUAAAAAAAUAUUAUGAGGGUUUAUAAUACGCACACUUUUGUCAAUGCGAAAAUCGUCUUUCCAAUAUCCCAAAUUGGUAUCCAGGAUGAAGAUUUAUAAAAGUGGGCCACCAUGGAACUAAGACUUUACCUGCUUCGAGAAAUUCUUGGAUUUGUACUUUUUAGUUUUCCGCCUGGCAAAUGUAUCAGUAGGAGAGUUAAAUGGUGCUGAUCGCGGACGACAGGGGUGGAGGAGCACCCUCUUCUGAGAAACUGACUGGACAAAUUCAGCAAACUAAAAGUGAGAGCAGUGUGGUGAUCGUUGGGGGCGCGGAAGUUUCUUUCUUGGAAACAAAUGUUGAAUCGGAUCAUUUCAACGGUUGCGAGAGUUUAGAUCAGGAGGAAGAUGAUUAUGAAGAGUAUGAUGAUUUUUCCGACUUGCCCGAUACUUGCAGUUUCGCCUCGGAUGAUUCGUUCUACCCUCCCGACAACCUCCUGUCCACCUCGGAUGAAGAGAGAGGGGAGACUUCAGACAGCCCCACGCCCCUCUCCUUUUUCCAAGCUUGUAACACGAACAACCCCCGCAUGGUUAAAGUCAUGAUCAGACAAGGAGUUACAGAAGAUCAAGUCAGGGAAACUGAUAAAAACAACCGGACUGGGCUGAUGGUUGCCUGUUAUCAAGGCUUUGUGGACAUAGUUAUAGCUCUUGCUCAAUGCCCCUAUAUUGACGUGAACUGGCAAGACAAUGAAGGAAACACUGCUCUCAUAACUGCUUCCCAAGCAGGGCACAUAACGAUCUUGAACUACUUGCUGAACUACUACCCUGGCCUGGACAUUGAGAGGAGGAAUGUACACGGAUUCACACCACUGAUGAAAGCUGCAAUGCAGGGGAGAGCCGAAUGCGUCAGAGCUUUACUGUUAGCAGGUGCAGAUUUUCAAGCUACAGACCCUUCUCGGAUGUUGACACCCAGAGAAUGGGCGCUGUUCACUGGACGCUUCGAAACAGCCUAUCUGAUGCAUCGGCUGCUGGUCCGGCCUUGCCCGGAACAGUUCUCUACCUCUUACAAGCCUGAGUGGCCCAGCCUCAAGGAGCUAGUGGCCAAGGCAAGAGUGGAGAAGGGCUGCUUACAGAGGCUGUCAGAGAGAGUACGCUCUUUCUUCACCUUCAACUUACCCCACGACCCUGAGGAAAAUGGUGUCAUGGACCAUAUGGUUAGGAUGACAACAAGCCUGGGCAGCCCUUUUAUAGCAACAGCCUGCCAAACAGUGUGUCCUGACAGCCCGCCAUGUGUGGGCAAACAGCGUUAUGCUGUACAGGACAUCUUAAGGAAGCAACGGGUAGAGCAGUUAAGGAACCAGGGCCCAGAGAAUCUCAACAAAUAUAAGAAGCUCUUUCAGAACUCACAGGUUUUGUUGGUUCCUAAAAAGAAAGACAGGAGGGCCAGCCUGCAGCCUAACAGUCUGAAUAUCAAUUCAGCAACGACUGUGACUGUGAGGCGCAGCAGCCUGCUGCCUUUGCACCUGCUGAGGAGGAGAAGUGUGCGCCCUGGCAUUGUGGUGCCCAAGGUGAGGGUGUCCAAAGCACCUCCUCCCACUUACGAGCCUGAGAAAGUGAGGAGAAAAAGCAGCGCUAAAGAUAACCAGUUUCUUCAGCCUCCCAAGUGGAGGUACAAGGAGCUAAAGGAGGCACGGAAGAAGGCAGAAGAGGAGGAGAGGAAGAAAGCUGAGGAAGCAAGCCAGAAACGUUUGGCUGCAGGGAAGAAAGUGUGACCUUUCCUGUCAGCCCUGGCUAUAAAGACUUUUUGUUGAAGAUUAGGUUUAACAGAUUAAGGGCUUGUUGCUAAGCUAAUUCUAUUCUAGGGUGUUUCAAAUUUGCUUUGCAGAAUUUCUUUCUUGGACUAUAUAUAUAUUUUUUUCCUUUAUUUAUUUUGAAGCUGAUGAUGCAUUUUGUUUAAAUGGGCAACAAUCUGAAACUAUUCACACAAAACUAGCAGAAAUAUUUAAAAAAACAGGAUUAAACUUUGGA